UCAACUGACGUCCUUUCUUUUCUCUCUUCCCCGACAGUCAAAUCUUGCAUCGACCACCGGCUAGAGAAGUAUUCUCAACAGCCGAGCGCAGAUUUCCUCUGUGAUAUUUACCACCGCAAUCAGCUUUCAAAGAAAGAACUGUACGCCGCCGUCACGGAGCUCCAGCUGGGCGCCGUGGAAACGACAGCAAACAGCUUAAUGUGGAUUCUCUACAAUUUAUCCCGUAAUCCCCAAGUGCAACAAAAGCUUCUUGAGGAAAUUCAAAGUGUUUUGCCUGAGAAUCAGAUGCCACGGGCAGAGGAUUUGAAGAACAUGCCAUAUUUAAAAGCCUGUCUGAAAGAAUCUAUGAGGCUCACCCCAAGUGUGCCAUUCACAACUCGGACUCUGGACAAGGCAACGGUUCUGGGUGAAUAUGCUUUACCCAAAGGGACAGUGCUGAUGCUAAAUACCAAGGUAUUGGGGUCCAGUGAAGACAACUUUGAAGAUGCAAGUCAGUUUAGACCCGAACGUUGGCUUCAGGAGAAGAAAAAGAUUAAUCCUUUCGCGCACCUUCCGUUCGGCAUCGGGAAAAGAAUGUGCAUUGGUCGCCGGUUAGCAGAGCUCCAGCUCCAUCUGGCUCUCUGUUGGAUCGUCCGUAAAUACGACAUCGUGGCCACAGACAACGAGCCCGUGGAGAUGCUGCACUUGGGCAUCCUGAUGCCCAGCCGGGAGCUGCCCAUCGCGUUCCGCCAGCGCUGAGCCGCCCCAGAUUUUUUUUUCCCACCAAGACCAAGAGCAGCAAUUUUUACUCUCCUACAAGAAUGGUGCUUCUGGCUUCUGCAUUACUGGA